AUGAAGUUCGGCGGUAGGGCUGCAUCGGACUUGCGGCAGAAUUCAUCUAGUAAAGAGAACCAGGCCAACCAGCCGACAGCUAUACAUUGCAACACUACAAAAGCUGUUCCGCCCCUCCGAAUGCCCCCGCCGACCGCCGGCGGCAUCAAUGAGCCGCAGGAGUGUCCCUACUGCCGCAGGACAUUCUCUUGCUACUACUCCCUCAAGCGCCACUUCCAGGACAAGCAUGAGCAGUCCGACACGCUCUACGUGUGUGAGUUCUGCCACAGACGGUAUCGCACCAAGAACUCGCUCACCACCCAUAAGAGCCUGCAGCACCGGGGUUCCAGCGGCAUGCUGAAGCGCCUGCUGAAGACGUCGGCGCUGCACAGCGCGCUGGCCCCUGCGCCGCACCACCUGUUCGACCUGGCCGCCGCCGACCACGCGUCGCAGCUGCCCGGCCUCCAAUGA